AUGAGCAACCUAGCCUUGAAAUUAAAAGACGCAUUUCGAGAGCAAUUGUUUUGCGAUGUAAGACUUACACUACAGAACGGAAUCGUUUUAAAAUGUCAUUCAGUUGUGCUACUUAUAAACUCAGAUUUUUUCCAAGGCAGAUUGAGUGGAAGGUGGGACCAGAACACGACAAUUGACUGUACAACAUUUCCAUCUGAUAUUAUGACAAUACUUAUUAAAUAUUUGUAUGGCAUUAACCCAAGUUUAAAUAUAGAUGUAAUACCAGAUAUACUACAAGCAUGUGACUAUUAUGCCUUCAAUGAACUAAAACUUAAAUGUAUUACAUACAUUGAUGAAAACAUAAGUAGGGAAACUGUGUUUAGUAUUUUAGCUUUAAGCGAAGAAUUUACUUUAACCAAUAUUUCUACCAAGUGUCUGAAUUUCAUCGACACUGAAGUUGAAAAUUUACUUCUGAAUUUUCCAGAUGGAUUUUAUGAUUUACCGAUUAGCAUUGUUCUUAAAAUAAUAACUCGUGACAAUCUACAAAUACACGAACAAUUCCUGUUUGACUGUCUUAUUAUAUAUGAAGAAAAGUACAAGAAAGAUGAUAUUUGGAAACAGAUUAAAUAUCACGUUAGAUAUCUAUCUAUGUCCUUGGAAUAUUUUGUUUGUAAGGUAGUUCAGAGAAAUAUUUUACCUGCUGGUGUUACCAACAAAAUUUUACUGUAUUUAUCAUCAAAUGAUAAUGUCGAUUUUUCUGGUUGUAGCAUAAUUUCUUAUCCAAGGAACGUAGAUUCGGAAGGUGAUAUCUACGUAAAACGUUUUUUUGGCAAAAGUUCUGAUUCAUCAUGGGAACCGGACACAUUAGUAGAUGAUCGUCUUACUUUUUCUGUGAGCAGAAACAUUAAACUGAAAUCUGUAAUACUGUAUGGCAGUCCGAAUGAAUCAUUUAUAUAUUCACUGUCUAUCUACGAACAAAACGGUGAUCUAAUCCAGAAUUGUAAAACAAGGGUUUUGUUCCAAACAACUGUUUUCCCAAUUGUUGUGCCUAGUAAGCAUAUUCGUUGGAUAGGUGACAAAAGAGAUCAAUUUGUUGACAGCGUUGAAAGUAAAUUGACCAUUGAUAACUUGUCGAACCAGUUAGACACGCUUGAUAUAACUAAUGAAAAUUUUCAUACUGACCUUAACGAAUUAGUCGAAAGUUUAAAUAAAGUGUUUCUUGAUUCAGCCAUUGAAAACUUCGGAAAUAAACCCGCCAAAAUUAAUCGAAAUUCAAAACAACAUCAACCGUGGUUUUAUGCGCAAUGUCGUUUAAAACGAGAUAAUUUUCACCAAGCAAAGAAAAAAACAUAA